AUGGACAUGUUUUAUGGAGUUGAAUGGGCCGAUUGGGGAUACCAGAUCUUGUUGAUCUUUUGCACCCAGUUCAUGGGGUUUGGGUUUGCAGGUAUCAUGAGGAAAUUUGCUGUUUAUCCCACUCGUGCCCUCUGGCCAAGUAUUUUGCCAACGCUUGCGUUGAACAAGGCUUUGUUGCAAACGUCUUUCUUAUACUUCUGGCUACCAAACUAUCUCUUCGAAGCAUUAUCGUACUUCAACUGGAUGACUUGGAAAUCUCCCAACAACGCAACCUUGGCGGUCGUUACAGGCUCUAUUGGGGGUUUGGCUCUCAACCCACUCACCACUUUUGAUUGGAAUAUUAUCGAUUUUAAUGGCGCUUUAACAAUUCCUUUCUUUUCUCAAGUGAACCAGUAUACGGGUUCGAUUCUUGCUUUCUUUUGCAUUUUGGGGCUCUGGUACUCCAAUUACAAAUGGACGGGAUAUUUGCCAAUCAACUCAAAUUCCUUAUUUACCAAUACGGGAGAGGUCUACUCGGUGAGUAGUAUUCUCAACAGUGACAACUUGAUCGAUCAGGCCAAAUAUGAAAGCUACAGUCCUCCAUUUUACACUGCCGCAAACAUGGUCGUAUACGGUGCAUUCUUUGCCAUUUAUCCGUUCACGAUUCUUUAUAUGGGAUUGACGCAUUGGACACACAACAAGUUUGCCAUUGGCGGCCUUUAUAGUGCGAUCAGAAACUUUAAAAGGUCUACGUAUGAAGGAUAUCACGAUGCCUACUCGAAGUCUAUGCGCAAAUACAAAGAGGUUCCAGAGUGGUGUUUUUUCAUUGUUUUGGUGAUUUCCAUUGUGUUCGCAAUCUUGCCUUGGGAUACAAUAUCGAUGGGCAAGCUCAGAAUUACAUCUCAGAUCAGAAAAUGGCUCACUACUUGUUUCAUCAGCUUGGCUGUUAUCAACUUCAAUAUCACCAAUAUCAAGGACUACUGUGAUCCUAAUCAGUCCCAGAGAUUUACGUGCCCUAGUGCUCGAACAUUCUAUUCGGCCUCGGUCAUCUGGGGUGUUAUUGGCCCAGAAAGAGUAUUCUCGCAUCUCUACCCUAUUUUGAAGUGGUGUUUCUUGAUUGGCUUCUUGCUUGCUCCCUUGAUGUUCUUGAUCAAGAAGUAUUUCAGUAAGUACCAAGCAGUCAGGUAUUUCGAGCCCGUGUUGGUCAUCGGUGGAUUUUUGAUCUACGCACCCUACAACUUGUCUUACUUUACACCUGGAGUCAUUGCUUCCUUCUUCUUUAUGCACGUUAUAAGAAACAGGUACAUCAAUUGGUUCAAGAAAUAUGUCUUCUUGUUAUCGGGAUCCUUGAAUGCUGGUCUUGCCUUCAGCAGCAUCAUCAUUUUCUUUGCGGUGCAAUAUAACGAGAAGUAUAUUGAUUGGUGGGGAAAUAACGUUCCAUAUGCCGGUCUCGAUGCAAGCAGUUUUUCUAAUUUGGACGCUAGCACUGCUCCAGACGGCUAUUUUGAUCCCAGAAAGGGCAACUACCCAUGA